AUGGCCUCAAUAGCCCCAUCAAUUCAGCGAGCGCAGGCGCCCAUGCGAAGGGCUCUGGCUGCUUCUCCCGCCGCCCUGAGAUCUUUUGCCACCAUCCCGCCGCAUCCCACCGACGCCAACCAAGCUUCCGCAAAGCCAGCAUCGCGGCCCACGACGUACUUCAAGGACAAGUCAGUGGGUUCGCUCUCAGAUUUCAUUGCGACCUCGUCUCCCGUGCAGUCCCUAUCGCCCAGCGAUGCGUACGAGCUGAAGACGGCCGAAGUCGGCCCUGCCGGCAAGAAGAGAACCAUCACGCGACUGCCCGAGUGGCUCAAGACGUCCAUCCCCGCGGGCAACGAGAACUACAAGAAGAUCAAGAGCGAUUUGCGUGGCCUGGGAUUGCACACCGUCUGCGAGGAGGCGCGGUGUCCCAAUAUCUCCGAGUGCUGGGGCGGCUCCGAUAAGAAUGCCGCCACGGCCACCAUCAUGCUCAUGGGCGACACUUGUACGCGAGGAUGCCGCUUCUGCAGUGUCAAGACGAACCGAGCGCCUGCUCCUCUGGAUCCCCAUGAGCCCGAACACACAGCCGAGGCACUGGCUCGAUGGGGCCUUGGCUACGUUGUGCUGACGAGCGUGGACCGCGACGAUUUGGCCGAUGGCGGUGCCCGACACUUUGCAGAGACGAUUAGCAAGAUUAAGCAGAAGAAGCCGACAUUGCUUGUCGAGGCCCUGACGGGCGACUUCCGCGGCGACCUAGACAUGGUCAAGAUUGUGGCUGAGAGUGGAUUGGAUGUGUAUGCGCACAACAUUGAGACUGUGGAAGGCCUCACUCCGUAUGUGCGCGAUCGCAGGGCAACGUUCCGCCAGAGCUUGAAGGUGUUGAAUCAUGUCAAGGAAGUCAAGGGCAAGGAGGGCAUUAUCACAAAGACUAGCAUCAUGCUUGGUCUGGGAGAGCAAGAGCACGAGGUCAUGGAUGCUCUGAGAGAACUGCGAAAGGCCAACGUCGACGUCGUCACUUUCGGACAGUACAUGCGCCCGACCAAGCGACACCUCAAGGUCGAGAAAUACGUCACCCCCGACGAGUUUGAAAUGUGGCGCCUACGGGCUCUGGACAUGGGCUUCCUCUAUUGCGCGAGUGGACCCCUCGUGCGCUCGUCCUACAAGGCUGGUGAGGCAUUCAUUGAGAACGUCCUGAGGAAGAGGGCUGGCGAUAGAGCUGCGUCAGUGGCGAGCGAGGGUCUGGGCAAGACGAUCGCGCUGGAUGCUACCAAGGCGCAUUAA